UUUUUUGUCGUCAUAAAAUCAUAAAAUAAACAAUAAUAUGGUCUCUAUGUGAAUAAAUAAUAUUGUGAUCUGCGAAGCGUUUUGUUUGCCGUUUCCGAUUUCGCGCACAAGAAAGAAGAACGCUCUGCAAAACGAUACGGAAGGCCGCCAGCCACGUUUCUUUUUCUCACUCUGUCUCUCUCACACCGUCUGUCUCACCGACCAACCGAACGAAUCGCGUCGACGUGCCAGUACUGCAACUCCGAGCCACUGCCAAUCGCCGAACAGUGUUGUUUUGGCGUUGUGUUGUACGCGUUUUUAGUCCAUUGCGUACCCACCGGUUGUCGUGUGGCGCGCAGGGACGCUGUUUUUUUAUUUAUUUUUCCCGUUGUUUUCUAAUUAUGUUGUUAUUGUUCCAGUUUCAGUUUUGACUUGUUUCUUUGACAAAAUUGUUCACAAUAAUAUCGUAUUGAUUAGUUUAACAUACAAGUAGACUGUGUACAGUGAACCUCGUUUUCGUUUUCGCGCUCAUCCGACGGUCGCUGAACCGUAAUAAGACUUAUUCAAGACACACUUAUUGAAUAAUCAGAUAAAUAUAAGUAUCAAAAACCUGUGAUGCCGAGAGAUCGUGAAUAAAAUAGAGUAUUCAUAAAAUCCCUUUAAAAUGUAUGGAAUGACAUCGGCAAUAAGUGAUGCUCUUCCAACAGACAUUGAUAUUCAGUUAACAAAAUCAUUAGAUGAUGCUCUUUCUAAAGAAAAAGUUAUUACUACUGAUGAAGAUUUAUCCCAAAGGCUUGAAGUAUUAUCAAUGCUUAAUAAUUUGGCUAAAGAAUGGAUACGUGAAGUAAGUAUGGAAAGAAAUUUACCUGAAAUAACUGCUGAAAAUGUUGGAGGAUUAGUAUGCACGUUUGGAUCAUAUCGUCUUGGCGUUUAUCAUAAAGGUGCUGAUAUUGAUGCAAUUGUCAUUGUCCCUAGACAUAUAACCAGAGCUGAUUACUUUGCAACAUUUUAUAAUAAGUUGAAAGAAAAUCCUAAUAUAAACAAUGUUCGAGCUGUUGAAGAAGCUUUCGUUCCAGUAAUUAAAAUGAUAAUACAAGGCAUUGAAAUUGAUAUGUUAUUUGCACGUCUUGCUUUAAAAGAAGUACAUGAAGAUACUGAUUUGCAACAGGAUGAUCUAUUGAGAAAUUUGAAUCCCAAAUGUGUACGAAGUUUAAAUGGAUGUCGUGUAACAGAUUCUAUUUUACGAUUAGUUCCAAAUCGAGAAUCCUUUAAGAAAACAUUAAUUGCAAUAAAAUUAUGGGCUAAACGCCAUAGAGUGUAUUCGAAUGCCUUAGGAUAUCUGGGAGGAGUUUCUUGGGCAAUGUUAGUAGCAAGAGUAUGCCAAUUAUAUCCAAAUGCAGCACCAGCAACUUUAAUACACAAAUUUUUUUUAAUUUUUUCUAAGUGGCAAUGGCCUCAACCUGUAUUAUUGAAACCAUCAUAUUUUAUGGAUCUUGGAUAUCCAGUUUGGGAUCCAAGAGUAAACAUGGCAGAUCGUAAUCAUGUUAUGCCUAUUAUAACUCCAGUUUAUCCUCAACAAAAUUCAACUUUUAAUGUUUCUCAUUCCACACUUGCUAUAAUACAAGAUGAAUUUAAAACAAGUUUAGACAUUAUGGGAGAAAUUUUAACUGGAGAAUCUAGCUGGUCAAAAAUUUUUCAGCCAUCCAAAUUUUUCACUAAAUAUAGAUAUUUCUUAGCCAUAACUGUAUUUGCAAACUGUGAUGAAGAAUUACUUGAAUGGAGAGGGUUAGUUGAAUCAAGGCUUCGUUUUUUGCCUACAUCUUUAGAAGAAAUUGAAUGUGUUCAAAGAUCUCAUUUAAAUCCUGACCAGUUUGUCUUACCUUAUGAAAAAUCACAAGGAAGGCCAUCAUCAGUUUGGUUUGUUGGUCUAGAAAUAUCAAAGUCUAAUGGCACUGUAGUUCAAUUAGAUUUUAGUACUCAUAUCCGAGAUUUCUGCUUAUUGGUGAAAAGUAGAGCUCAUAGCAUUUUUAAAGCUGGAAUGGAUAUACAAGUUAACCAUUUAAAAAGAAAAGAUUUAAAGGAUUAUGUACCUGAUGAGUUGAAAAAAGAAAAGGCUAUUCCAAAUACUGUAGGUAGUAAAAUUAUUGCUCGAUUAUCAACUGAAGGUAGACAUUCUAUAUCAGAGUUGGUUGAAGAAUCACAAAAAAGCCCUACAUCUAGGAAACGUAGUGUUGAGGAUUGUAUUGAUGAUAAUAUCAUUAAAAAAAACCUAUUGUCAAAUGAAGAAAAACUUUUUGUCUUGGGUUCAGUAGAAUCUCAUAGAAGCCCAUCAUCUGAAAAUAAAUCAAACAACCUAAUUAAUACUUUAUUAUCAACUGAAAAAGAAAAUCAUUCUAUGUCAACCGAAAAUGAAACCAAAGAAAAUAUCAAUAUUGUAAAAGAAUCUCUACUGCCAACUGAAGCCAGACAUUCCACUGUUGAAUCGGUAGAUUCCCUGACUAGUCCAGUAUCAAAUAAAUGCUAUGCUGAUGAUGAAACUGAUGAGAAUGAUCAGAAAAAAUUAAGGCUUCUUCAUCCAACUGUUGCCUAAUUACCCAUGUGUUCAUAUGAUAUAAAUCUUCAAAUAAAAAUAUAUAUAUAUAUAUAUAAAUAUAUUUAAUAUACAUACAAAAAAAAUUUAAAAAAAAAAAACAAAAAAAAAAAACAAAAAAUGAACAAAAUGCCCAUC